AUGGUUCACUGUGCAGGCUGCAAAAGGCCAAUCUUGGACCGGUUUUUGUUGAAUGUACUGGACAGGGCUUGGCAUGUGAAGUGUGUUCAGUGCUGUGAAUGUAAAUGCAAUUUGACAGAGAAAUGCUUUUCGCGAGAAGGCAAGCUUUACUGCAAAAACGACUUCUUUCGGUGUUUCGGGACCAAGUGUGCGGGCUGUGCCCAGGGCAUCUCCCCCAGCGACCUGGUCCGCAGGGCGCGGAGCAAAGUGUUCCACUUGAACUGUUUUACGUGUAUGAUGUGUAACAAGCAACUCUCCACCGGCGAGGAGCUCUACAUCAUAGACGAAAACAAGUUUGUGUGCAAAGAAGAUUACCUAAAUAACAGCAAUACUGCCAAAGAAAACAGCCUGCAUUCAGCCACCACCGGCAGUGACCCCAGCCUGUCGCCCGACUCCCAAGACCCCUCCCAGGACGACGCCAAGGACUCGGAAAGCGCCAACGUAUCCGACAAGGAGACGGGCAGCAACGAAAACGACGACCAGAACCUGGGGGCCAAGCGACGGGGACCCCGCACCACCAUCAAAGCCAAACAGCUAGAGACUUUGAAAGCCGCCUUCGCGGCCACCCCCAAACCCACCCGGCACAUCAGGGAGCAGCUGGCGCAGGAGACCGGCCUCAACAUGCGGGUCAUCCAGGUCUGGUUCCAGAACCGCCGGUCGAAGGAGCGGCGGAUGAAGCAGCUGAGCGCGCUGGGCGCGCGGCGGCACGCGUUCUUCCGCAGCCCGCGCAGGAUGCGGCCGCUGGUGGAUCGCCUGGAGCCCGGCGAGCUCAUCCCCAACGGGCCCUUCUCCUUCUACGGAGAUUAUCAGAGCGAGUAUUACGGCCCUGGCAGCAAUUACGAUUUCUUCCCGCAAGGACCUCCUUCAUCUCAAGCUCAGACACCCGUGGAUCUCCCUUUCGUGCCCUCCUCAGGGCCGUCAGGCACUCCCCUGGGGGCCAUGGAUCACCCCCUGCCCGGACAUCACCCCUCCAGUGAGGCCCAGCGCUUCACUGACAUCAUGUCGCACCCCCCCGGAGACUCGCCCAGUCCUGAACCCAACCUGCCCGGGUCCUUGCACUCCAUGUCAGCAGAAGUUUUUGGCCCCAGUCCUCCAUUUUCUUCGAUAUCCGUCAACGGUGGUGCUAACUAUGGCAAUCACUUGUCACAUCCACCAGAAAUGAAUGAAGCGGCUGUGUGGUAG